AUGCAAUUAUUACAUCGGACUCUCGUUCACUAUCUGCUCAUCCUUCGCUGCUCGGCUGGCCCGAUCGCUUCUGUCCCCAAAAUCAGGGACUUGGACUUGGAGCUAUAUGAAUCAAACUCAACACCGCGACUUCAACCCUCGUCGUUCGUUCCGCACAAUCGCCAGGCAGAAGCGUCUGUCAAUGUCGGUGAGGGCUUGACCGUGAUCCCCAUCACCCCCUCCAUGGAUGGAGCACUCCCAAGAUCAACUUCAACCAUGCGUUCUCCCUCUUUCGUUGCAAUCCCGGCGUCGAAGUCGACCAGUUCAAGCUCACCGGACGUUGGCCUCCUGUCUAUGGCUCAUGCGAGUGAGGGAUCGACGGUGUCUGUGUCGUCUCCUCCAACAACUCCACGCCAGGAGAGGCCAACUGGAUCUUCUUCUCACGCUGCAUUUGGUUCAAGUAUAACGGUUCAUCUGCAUUUCACGCCAGAUCAAGACCACCCCUCGACGUCUCGUUCGUCUCACUCUUCCUCGUCGGUGGUGGUUCAUUCGCAUAAGGCUGAGCGAACCAUCGCGAUAACUCCCUCUUCGUCCAAAACGCCGUUGUCUACCACGACUUCCAGCUUGGCCGUUGGCACAAUAGGACUACUACCGGGGGUUGAAUCGAGCAGUUCUCCCUCUCGAGCACCAUCGGAGACAACAUCCUCACAUACCAAUAAUGGCCACGAUUCCAGCAAACCCACCCAACCCACGGUUUUCAAAACGACAACGUCCAAGUCGCCACCGCAUCAGACCCCAGUACCUUUAAUUGGAGAUGGAGUACCAGUCAGUCCGAAAUAUACAUCAGACUCUAGAAAUAUCGCCCCAACGGACAACAAAACUGCACCGUUUAUCGGAGACGGUAUACCUAUUCACAGUCCCACCACUACUAGUACCAGUACCACCUCUAAACCACCCCCUAUCACCGUGUCGAACCCCGUAAUUGUGGUAGUCGCCCCCGACGAUUCUACUAUAUACACCACCUUCACCCCUAAGGGCAACAAACCUCCAUCGGAUCCCUCUUCUAUCCUCAAACAUCCUGGUCUCCCUCCCAUGCACCAUACCACUACAAUCCCAGCAGACUCCGAGCCAAUCUCAACUGUACACGCUACAUCCACAUCUAUCAAGACCGUCGUCAUAGUUAUUCACGAUCCCACCCCAGCAGAGGGAUCCCAUCCCACCACGGCGACGACGCACGAGGCGGUUGAGAAAGGAACCAAAGCGCAUAAUCCCAGUGUAGCUGCUGUGUCUCAUACUCAUCCACCAUCGGAUGUAGCUGCGGAUCCGCAUUUACUCUCUGUGGUUCCGAUCACGCCCGCCGGGUUUGUCACCAUCACCGAGACCAUGACAGAGUGGAAGACCAGGAUAGUGACGAAGACGGAGACGGAGACGGAGACUAUGACUAUGGUCAUGACUGAAAGCACCGUGUUGGGUCCGAUGACAAUGUCGUUGAUUGAUUGA